CUUCCGGUUUCGUCCCCUAUAAUCACAGUGCCGCGUUAAAUCCCAAACACAACUACGAUUCAAAUAUGGACAGUAUCAUUGAAGAGCGCCUAGUGGAAGAGGUCCGGAAGUACGAACACCUGUACAACCCGACUGCGAGUACGUACAAAGACGCAAAUAUCACCGCGAACUCAUGGAGAGAGAUUUCGGCUGCGGUCGGGCUAGACGUGCCAGAGUGUAUUAAGACAUGGAGGAGGAUUCGGGACAAAUUUGUCCGGGUCAAGAAGACAACAAGAGGCCGCAGUGGCGAUGCAGGGGGGCAGAAGGUCCCUGAUUUCUUUAUCUUUAUGUCGUGGUUGAUGCCACACAUAAAGCAUCGUCAGACCAAGUCAAAACGCGACAGAAAGCCGACGGAGCCAUCAUCCACCUCAGCACCUGAGGCCUCCCCCAAGUCCUCCACCUCAGCACCUGAGGGCUCCCCCAAGUCAUCCACCUCAGCACCCGAGGCCUCCCCCAGAUCAUCCACCUCAGCAUCUGAGGCCUCCCCUGAAUUGAGUCCGAGAGAAGUUGAAGAGUUUGUGAAGCUGAGGGUUACAAAUAACUCCCUCUUCUCUGGAAAAAGGGACUCGAACACUCUGGCAUGGAAGGCCAUUCUCAAGCAUAUGGGAUUACAACACAAGAUGAACUUCAGUCAAGCAUCCCAAAUUUGGGAGAACAUGAAGGAGAAGUACACGGCCCUGAAGAACCCCUCAGACGGGAUGAACGCGGCCCCUGAGACGUGGGCUCACUUUCACCUGAUGGACGAAGCCGCAGAGGGUCGACUGGAAGGCAGCGCCCCCGUCCUCAAGGUUUUCCCUGGUGAUAAAGAGAAUUGUGAUUUCUUACCCCAGAAGAGGAGGAGGGUAUCCAUGGGGACAUUGCCUCCGGUAGCUUCGGUAGCAGACAGGCCGGAGAUCGAGGUUUCACUGAACGGAGACGAAGAGGAAGGAGGUCUGGACUUGAAUCUCAUGAUGCAGGAGGUGGACGACGAGAGGAAAGGGAUGGAGGCGGAGAGACAGGUGAUGGAUAAGGAGAAACGGAUGAUGGAAAGGGAGCGGCUGGUUCUGCAGAGGGAGAGGGCGUUGCUGGAUCGGGAGGCCGCCACUCUGGAGCGAGACAGGGCCACGCUUGACAGAGAGAUGGCGAUGAUGGAGCGAGAGAGGGUGUUGCUGGAGAGGGAGAAGGCGAUGGUGGAGAAGGACAAAGAUACUAUGUGCAGGGAAAAGCUGGCUCUGGAGCGGGAGAAAGCCCGGCUGGAGAGUCUCUUCACCCCAGGAGAAGCAACAGAGGAGAAUUCGGAAAACCACAGUGAGCUGAAAGACUCGCACGCUGUGAACAUGGACAGGAAGGAGCGGUUCCUUCAUUUGUUUGAAAAACUCAUUGAAAGUUUUUGAAUUCACGAAAUCAGUUUUCACUUUUAGCUAGUCUCAGAUUUGCACUGAACAUUCUGUGUGAGCGCAAAUGUCCGAGUGAGAGCCUCCGAACUCUUGGAGGAGCCGAUUUGAUUCCCUGCCAGCGAAUGGGGGUGUUGAUGACGUCACAGAUGCAAAAAUGAUAAAACCCAGAUAUGCAUUAAACAACAUGUGAUCUCCAGAACAGAAUUAAUACGUUACAUCCUGCCUGCUGGAAAGUUUGGACCCGAUUAUCUGCACAUCGUCUAGAGGGUCACGUCUGAAAAUGUGUUUUUCUUUCAAAAUCCACACUUUCCUUAAACUUGCAACUUCUCAAUGAAAACGUUGAGCCACUACUGGUUCAGAGAGGUCUUCAAAACAACUUUAUUCACUUGUGGUUAUUCCAUACAGAGCACACAAUAGCAAGCUAUUAGCAUUAUUCUCAACCCCAUCCACAAUCAAAAUCAACACCCCCCCCCCUCCCAAUCAAACAAUAGUCUUUAGUUGUUUGACUCCAGACAUUAGAGUCGUUGGUAAAAGCUAUUGUGCAUGGUUGAAACAUCAUUUUUGGAAAUUUUAUAAACCAUAUUACAGUUCAUGUAAAAAAAAAAAAUGUUUCUUUUUCAGUAUAUAUAUUUUUAUAUUACAGUACAGACUUUACAACAAAUGAUGAUGUAUUUAAAUGCUUCUUUUAUUGCAUUAGAUUCAAUUCACCUUUCGUUAAGCUCCAGCUUCAAUAAGGUUAUGCUAGUAUACAUUUCAAAAAACUGUUUAAUUUGUUAUUAAAUUUUAAUAUAAUUUUAAUUUUUACAAAACAAGCAUCUUUAAACAAUAUUACUGUUAUUUUUUUCUUCUUUUGCCAGUCUUGUACAGAGAAUAAACAGAAACAUACAUGUUGUUCAAGGUUUUAUUUUCUCCAAUAAACUGAUUUCUCUGAAUGUUGUCACUUCAUCAAGGUGCGGAACAAUUUGGCUUUCAAUAAAGUUCUUGUUUGUA